GACGUGACGCUGCAUAAACUGUGCAGAGGGAUCCACCUGUGCAGGGCGUGGUGGUAAAAGGCAAAUACUUGGCAGACGGUCGGGCCAUAUAUAAAUUAACUUCACACACAAGGCGUCUUUGUCAUUUAUAGCCAUGGCUGCUGCAGGCAAGAUACAAGAUUUCGGUGCAGAAAUGAGAAGUGACGAAAAUGGCACUGAGAGGACUUUCAGCAAUUUAAGGCAGCCUAUUAAUUUAAGGAUUGUCUUGCUUGGGACAGCACAGGCCGAGAAGAUUCAAGUGGGCAAUUUACUACUUGGCAAGAUGGAAUUUAUACUGGAAUGUAGCACAAAGGGGAGAAUGAACAAGUCAGAGCGAAGAGGUGCUAUACGGGGAGGGAAAGAGAUCACUGUAGUCAACACACCAGAUUUGCUUGACCCCUGCAUAUUCCUUGAAGAACUUAAAAUGGAAAUGGAACAAUGCACUAGGCUGUGCUUCCCUGGACCCCAUGCCUUCUUGAUUGUAUUGAGAGAGGGGGCAUUUGAAGACAGAGAUAGAGAAGCAAUCACACUGAUUGAGGAGAUAUUUGGAAGAAGUGUGUUUGACCAUUCUUUACUGGUCUUUACAAAACACACUCACACAAGCAAGAUGCUUAAAGAGUGUUUGAGAGAAGCAACAAGACACCUCCAACAACUUGUGGACAGAUGUAAGAAGAGAUACCAUCUUCUUAACAUUGAAGAUGUCAACAAUGACAGUCAGGUUAUGGAACUCAUAAGAAACAUUGAGGAAAUGAGAGGAGGAAAUCCAGAAAACUGCUACAGGAGCAGUUGGUUAUCAAGAGGAGCAGAAGGAAUUCAAUUUGAUUUAAAAAUAAUGUUUGAUAAAAUAUUGAGACACAUGCAGGCUGAGUAUAAUUCACAAAUGUUCUUAAAAAUCAAAGAAAUGAAGAGGAAGCAGAAGAUGGAAGAAACGAAAAUGAAACAGACGUUAAACGAAGAAUACAUUGGAAAAGAAUAUUGUAUGAAACAAGAUUAUGAAGAGAAAUAUCUAGAAAAAGAAAAGAAAAUGAAGGAUGAGUUUCAACAGAAAGAAACAGAAAUGAAUGCACACCUUUUGGAAAUGUGGGGAAACAAAUUGAUUAAAACAGAAAUUGAACUUACACAAACUUAUGAACAAAUCAAAGACAAUGUAACAUCAGUGUUAAGAAAACAUAGAAACCAGUCAGAAUUUUUGAAGUAUGAUGAAGAAAGCAAAGGUGAACACCUCAGUAAGAAGAAUGAAAACCUCAAACAAGAUCAGAAAACAAGAAUAAGUUACACAGAUCAAAAAACACUAGCAGAGAAGCAGAAAAAUGAGGAAUGGGGAAAUGACCUUAAACAACUGAGCCAGUCUCCUGAAGAGGCAUAUAGUGGCAUGUUUGAAACUGUUUGGAUGGAGUGUGAGGUGGAGUGGCACCAACUAAAAUGGAGGAUUCAACAGAAACAUGAAGAAGAUCUUAUUAAGAGGGAAAAGCUCUUGAAGCAGAAAAUUAAAACCAAAUUCAACGAGAGAGAAAAGGAAAAAAUACAGCAGAAGGAUGCAAUAUUAAAUCAGUUUAGCAAAAAAGGCAUUCAGGAACAAGCGAGCGAACCUGAAUAUUAUUUUGAAAGUCAGUCACAAAAGAACAGGAACACCAUGAAAGAAACCUUGGAGUCAAACUCUCUGAAUAAGUUGACUGAAGAAGAAAAAAAGCAAACAACAGUAAAGAAAGAACCGAAAGACAGGGUACAGAUAACUUUAUGGAAGGAUGCGAAAAAUGAAAAGCAAAAACUAAAAAUAAAUGAAGAUGAGGAUCUGAAGGAAAGAAAGCGAAAGAAGUCUAAGGCACUGGUGGAGGAAGUCUGCAAGAAAGAAACUGUGUUGGCUCUGGAGAAUCAUGAAACAAACAUGUUUCAUUUUGAUCUGAUGAGACCAAACACUUGUCAAACAAAAAUGGUAAAGUAUUCAGGCGAUACAGGCUUUGACAAAGCACAGCAAGAUAUACACCAAUGCACGGAGGAUGUGAAGAGAAGAAACAAACAACAUGAACAAAAUACACAAUUUGCCAAACCACAAGACAUACAAACGGACAAAAAAGAAUUAAGCAAGACAGAACAUGACAAACAAAAAAAGGAUGAGCCUAUUCCAAAGAAUGAUAAUGGCCACAUGCACAAGGAGGAGAAGACCACAGCAUCGAACAACCCACAAGGAAAAAGGUCUGCAAAUGGAAAUGUCCAAAUAAAAGAAGUGGAGACACUUUCAGGACACCAAAAAUGUGCAAUUUCAGGGAUGAGGGAAAAGGAUAAGCAUACAAAGCUGAGCCUGGAGCUGGGCCAACAACAGAUAAACACAUUAAAUGUACAGAAAGCAACAAAACAGUCAAAACUGAUACUAAAUAAGGGGUCAUUCAAUGAUCAGCAAGGACCAAAAGCAAGCAAAGAUGAAGCUCAAGAGAUAAAUAAGUCAGUAGUGAAAGAAGACAACAAGAAAACCUUUGGCUCAAAUCAGUUGCCUUUUGGAAAACAUGAGACUGACCUAAUUGAUUCUACCAAGGCUGUUGUUAUUCAAGGACAGUCUGAGAUUAUGACUACCUGCGAAAAAGAUGAAGAUGUAGGAGAUAGAGGUGUCAAGAAGGCAGAGCAAGAUCCACCUAAAAGGAAGGAAGAUAAACUGAUGAUGAAAAGAAAACAAGAGUUCGAACAUGAACAGUUCAGUGAAGCACAAAAGCAAAAUCGAGAAUAUGAAAAUGAAUUAAGAAAAACAGAACCUGAGUCACAAAAGGGUGAGACCCUAAUUAGACAGAAUGAGAACAAACAGAUAUAUAAAGAAGAUAUGAACAGAGGAAUAAAUGAUAUACAAACACAAGUGAAUCAAGAUGAAUAUUCCAAAGUAGACAGUGAGCAGGAAUUUUCAAGGAACCAAAACAAUGUAAAUGUAGAUUCUAUGGAAAAGGAAGCACACACAAUCUCAAACAAAGAAUAUACUGAAGAAGAUAAAACACUACAAAAGGGAGAUAUGAAUAAACUAAAAAGUAAUAAAGAUGUUGAUCUAAAGGAUGGCGGACAAGAUGUAAAUUUGACAAUAGCGGUGGUAAACAAGAAUAAAGAAGAUGACUUGAGUCAGAUAUCUCUAGAGGAACAUGAGAUAAGCCAGUGUGAUCAUCGCAUCCCAAAAAAGACCAAUAUUAAUGUUGAAACCUAUAGGUUAAAGGAUAGAACAGAAAAGGAGGUGAUAAAUACUGAACAAGAUUUACAUCUAAGGGCAAACAAUGAUGGGAUGGAAAAGAAGAAAACAGAAAUGGGAUAUGAAAAUCUCAUUAAAGCACAAGAACAUGAAUAUGAAAAACAAAAGGGAUUAAGCAAAAUAAAACCUGAAGAAAAGCAUGAAGAGAUCUUCGUAACAAAGCAAGAGAAUGACCAGGUUGACACAGACAGCACAGCAACAGGAAGAAACAACUCAGAAAGACAAAAAUGUCAAGAUGAAACAGAGGAGCUGUCAAAGAAAACAAAGGAGGUAAAAACAGAGUCAGAUACAAAGGAGAAACGUGCAAACAUGGACAGAGAAUAUAGUCAACAACACAAAGAAAUAUGCAGGGAACAAGUGAAUGAAACAGAGUGCAGAUCAGGAGAACCAAACCUGGCAUUCAGUGAACAGGAGCAGUUGAAAAGUAAUAAAGAUGGUAAUCUGCAGAACGCAGAACAUGAGAUGAGUAAAUCUCCAGAAGAAGCUACAGUGGAUGGCUGUAGCUUAAAUCAAACAAACACCUGUUGCCCUGAUAAUUACCAAAUAAAUGUGGCCAGCGAUACAGAUGGUAUAAAAGAUACAGAACAUAAAGAUGUGAGGAAAACUGGACAAGAUUUGCAUGCAGGGUUGAAUGGUGAGACGAGUGAAAGAAACCAAACUUACUGAAGCAGAAAGAGUACUAGGGUGUUGUACUGUGUUAGCCAUUAUGGAUGUAGUGAGAAGUCAAGCACAAUGACAACUUUUAUUGACUAAGAUUACAAUAUGCAAGCUUUCGAGGCAACUCAGACCCCUUCUUCAAGAGAAAACUCAAAGCAUGAAAAUAAAUGAAGUGAAACACAAGUAUCGGGGAUCGCUGUUAUAGGACAUGUGACUGACCCCAGAGAUGCAGAACACAAUACCCCAGACAACCACAAUAAUCUGAAGGGGAUCGGUUCAAACUGAAGGAGACAAAGACACGAUUCAACAGCUAAAGUUAUGUUGAUUUCCAGUCUGGUAAAAAGGACAUGCAUAUAAACCUCCUGAAAAAUGUGGUCAACAACUUUACACUGGAUAAGAGAAUGCUUUGGACAAAGAAGCAGGAAAGACAGAAAAAACAUCAGCGGAAGAGCCAUGCAAUGAAAAACAAAGACUGAAAAACAUUGAAGAUAGUUAAAUGGAGAGUGAGAAGCAGAAAAUGAGAAAGUCAUUGAUGAAGUAAACCGGUAACAUGUAGGGAAAAUUCAGAUCCACGCCUGCUACUUUGAUAAUGUCCAAAUACAUAAAUAAAUGUAACCAGCAAUACAGAUCUCUUUAAGAAUACAACAGAUAAAGGUCUGAGAAAAAUGGGGUAAUAUUUACAUAAUAGGCUGGAUGAUGAGAUGACUGAAAAUUAACAACAAGGAUGCAGUAAAUGAAAAUAAAAUAGAAAAUUACCUACAAAAAGAGCCCAAUGAAAAGAAAAUCAUUAUAAACUCAGGCAAAGAAUACUAAUGAACAGUGCGUGACAGGAGAGCCACAAAUAAUAUUAGAUUAAAAGCAUUUCAGUGAACAGCAAAGAUUUAACGGCAGAAAAACAAAGGGUGGAGGGCACAGCGGGUCACUAGUCAUGGAAUCCUGCAGAAAAUGAACACAAUUUGUAUCCAAUGCCUUUUCAGAAAUGUCAUAUGUGCAACAAUAUGCUGCCAUUAUUCAAAAACAGACUGACAUUAAGGUCACCUGCAAAACGAACUUAUUAGAAGAGACAUAAAUGUAGGAAUCUGAAUGACAGAUCAUGUCUUUAUGUAAGCAUGGGUAAUGGUGUGAUGAUGCACAGAGAAAGCAAACAGCUCACAGAAAUAGAAAUACAAUCAAAAGAAAAUCCACAAAUCAGGUGGAUGACAACAAAGACAAGGAGGACAAGAGCAUAACCAGAAGGAAUUUCUUAGCUCUGUGGUCUACAGAAGAGCAUUUCCAACUAAAGGGAGGGAGAAGCAGCUAAUCAAAAUUGAGAUAAGGUGGAGUGUAUAAAGAAGAAAUACAUAGAAGCUGAAUAAAGAAUGGAGUCAGCAAGCCAAAAAACUAUGCAAAGUACAAGAGAAUAAACUGGAAGGUACAACAGGACAGCCAAAGCAACAUUAGGGGAGCAGAUGUUUGGUGAGAAGCAAAGACUUAGAAUACAGAGGUGACAAACCUAGAAGCAGGACAAUUUACAUACAAAGGUUUAAAAGACAAGUCUUUACAAGUGAAUGGAAAAGAACAACUGUGAGGUGCAGACCUGACUUCAGCUCAGAAGUACACGCGGCGCGUCUCUGCCUGUUUUUUGUCUUCUUCUGUGAGAUGAAGAGGAUAUUUCUUCUGCAAUUUGUUUUUUUUUAAUUUUAUAACAGAUUUGAAAAAAUCUUUUUAAUUUCAUAUUGACAUGCUGUAAAAUGUUUUGUAUUUCUAAUUUCCUACCUUGUCCACUACUAAAAUCCUAAAUUUGGCUUCUGAUCCCCUUUGUCUACCUCUGUCACACAUUUGCUUUUAGAUGCUUACUGGCAACCACCACUAGAUCUGGCUCCAGGUACCCCCAAUCCAAGUAGGGUUUGUUUUUAUGUGAGCAUUCAUGGCCAUCAAUUUUGCAUCAGUUUUUGUCCGACCCACCCAAAUAUAAUGCAACCAGAAAAUGACACUGAGAUCUUGCACUACUCUUUCAAAAUUUGUAUAGCAGCAGCAAUUCUGACUUUGCACGAUCAAGGAAACAGAAUCCAACUUUAAACAAAAGAAAACCCAUUCAGACACUUUAUGAGAUAACGAAUCAAAUUAAACAUUAACUGUUACAUGCAAUUCAACAAAUUGCAGUGAAAUGCUUAGUUAUAGAAGCUCAAGAAAUAUAUAAAUAUUAUAAAAAACAACAAUCCCCCAAAUGCACGACAACAUCUGGCUUGGAUAACAGAGAACUGCUGCCGUCUGAUCACAGGCUUGUGGGUGGCAGAAGAUGGCCAGAGCUGCCCAAAUGUGCCACAGAUUUUCAUUUAAAGGCUUAAGCACCGAGUACAGCGGGCCCAGCUUGUUGUGUUCAUAAAUGGAACGUGAUAAUAGACGUUUGUUUAUUCUGAUGUUCCUUUGGUGGGUGUCACCAGCAUUAUAGGGUCAAAAUGAUUCAUCAUUAGAGUGCUGGUGACAGAGUGAAUCAUUUCUUAUGCUGAGUUAAUGAACAUUACCAGGGAUGAUGUAACCUAACUCCCUGGGCAGUAACAUGGACCAAUUCAGUGAGUAUUUUAAUGUCUGGAUAAUACAUUUUAGUUUUAAUUAUGAUGUGCUCAUUUUAUUACAAUUGCUUAUUCAUAUAAAUCUCCAGUCCUCCUCCUGCUUUUCCAACUCUGUCUUACCAUAUUAGAUAAAACUCCUCCAACAUAACAUAGCAUCUGAAAUAAGACCUUUUCACCAGUUCUCUCCAGUACACAAAAUGUCACAGUACUCGAACUCUCUGUGACUCGCCAAGAGAUGUUAAAGUUCAUCCAGCCUACUGUAACCACCAGGGGGAAAAUACUGGUCCCCAAAUCUCAGACACAGUAGAACCUGAAACGUUUCUGGGAUAAAAUAAAAGGUAUUUACUGAUCCAACACACUGUUACAAUAAUCACUGUUUUAAGAUCAGUUAAAUUAACAAUAAAGCAAACCAGUUCUUCCACCUUUCUUCCUCCUGUUGAGUGUUGCCCACUGCCUCCUGACUCUGACUCAGCUGAUGUGAAAUUGCAGGGCUGUUUUCAAGCCGGUCCUGGGAAUAUUUCUGGUGCCAUGCCGUGUCUUUCUGGAAGCACUUCUGGGUCGUAUAGAAAGUAGGGAGGUCCCUAAAUAGCGCCCGCUAUCUGUACCCAGGGCCCUGACAGGGUUGUACUUCCAGACUGCAACUCCUAAGCAACCCUGUGGGUGUCUCAGCUGGGCUGCCACAAGAGGGCCACUACCACCAAUUGUAUGGGGGAUAGAGUUGCUCCCAACGUCUGUCGCACAAAGUUAUUUCUUUGUUCAGCCAGCCCACUUGUCUUUCUUUCCGUUCUGGACUCCCAUCCAGGUAACAAAAUAUGCAUCUACCCCUGGCUGCGAUGCCUGCUUUCUUUUUACACUAU